UCUCGUUACAAACAUCACCAACCUCCGCAAAACCCUUCUUUUCUCUCUCUUGCGCGCAAACACAUUCCUUCUUCAAAGCGCGCAACAGCCACCAUAGCCAUGGCUGCACCUGAAGCUCCCGAAGCUCCCGUGUGCUAUGUCGGCGUCCGUCGCAGCUCUGCCGCCUUUCGCCUCAUGAAGCAAAUGGGUUGGGAAGAAGGCGAAGGAAUUGGGAAAGACAAGCAAGGAAUUAAAGGUUAUAUCAGAGUUGAAAACAAGCAGGAUACUAUUGGUAUUGGACUGGAGAAGACUAAUCCAUGGGCAUUUGAUACCACUCAAUUUGAUAACAUUCUCAAAAAAUUGAAAGUGCAAGCAGAAGAGGCCAACAUUGAAGGAGCUGUUGAAGUCAAAGGAGAUAAAGAUGAUCAAGCCAGUACUGAGGCUUCUAAAGCUGUUAAGGUUGAGAAACCAGUAAAGGUUACUCGGCCACAAGGAAGGUACAAGAAGAGGGAAAUAAGCAGGCAACUCCGUAACUUCUCUUCCCAGGAUCUCGAAGGAAUACUUGUGAGAAGGUCAGAGGCACCAACGAUCCUCACAGAAGAUGAAGAAUUAAAGACAGAAGCUUCUGAUUGUCUCCAUCUUGAUAUUGAAGUAAAAGCUAAUGUACAAUAUCCACCGGAGUGGUGGGGUUACAAGCUUGGCUUUGUCUGCGGGGGCUAUCUUGGGGCCAAGUCGAAAAAGAGGAAAGCUGCUGUUGAUGAGGUUCCAAUUGGUAAAAAAAAGAUCGGUUUUGCUGAAGAAGAUCAAGAGAAUCUGUACAAUCUCGUCCAAGAUAAAAAAACAACUGGGAAACAAGGUCUUGGUAUCAAAGACAGGCCUUUGAAAGUUGCUGGGUGUCGUUUCGGGGGUAAAAAGACAACUUUUGAUGAUAGUGAUGAUGAAGAUUCUCUGAGUGCUGGUUCUCCAGAGAGACAAGAAGAUGAUGAGAUGCCUGAAACCGACAGUGAUCAAGAGCCGAAAUUGAAGUUGAAAAAGCUGUGUCGCCGGUUGCUCCGUCAGGUACCUGGUAAAGCUUUAAAGCUCAAGGAGCUGAAAGCUCUGAUAGAUCAACACUCUGGUACAGUUUUCUCGAGUUUCUCUUCUAAAGCAGACGCUCUGUCUUUUCUAAGACAAAAGCUUGAAGGAAGCUCAAAAUUUUCUUUCGAGGGAAAGAGAGUGUUCUUAUCUUAGAAGAGAAGGUAAAUUCUUGAAGAUGUGUGAUAAAUAUAAUCAUACGUACAUUGCAGAUCAUAUGCAAAACCCCUACCAUCAUUCAAAUCUCAGAAUUCUGAAAGUCUGCAAAGCUGUGGUGGGUUUAAAGUUUUUCUAUAUAUAUUUCUUUUCUUUUUUUGUUAUUGAGUUUAGGCCUAUUGUUUUCUCACGAUGAGAAUAUAUAUUUUUUUUGGCGGGAAAGUACGAGUAGUGGGUGUAGUCUGUGAGUUGUUAAUUCGCCGUUCUCAAAUCAUAGAAUAUUUUCACUAUGAUAAAUUAGGAUAUUUUCAUUGUAUUCCUGUGGGAGCUGGACAUGUUUAGCUGUUUGUUUCACCAUGUACUACAUUAAAGCAUGUCUAAUUUACCUAUUAUAUUCACUUUAGUUCUUGCAACUAUAAAGAAGCAUAUACGUGGAUGUAAUUGUAAUAAUAGUUUGUGCUAAGAACAUUUUGUAAUGCCGAACCCUUGUGAUGAAGAUGAUAAUUAUUUCCAA